AUGGCUCAUGCCGGAGGAGUCGGCCUCUUCUCCAUCCUCACUGGAAUGCUGCUCGCUGUGGCAAUAUUACCAGCGUUCCUGAGCGCCGGGCCCACUGGUCGACGUCUGAAGGGUGACGACGGGGUCCUGGCAGACGCUGCCGCAUCCCCCUCCAGGAAGCUCUCACGUAGCAGGAGGAACAUCAGCUGGUACAACCAGCAUUCAGACUUCUGGGGCUGGUACAAGUACUUUACAGACACAGGGAACCAGCAGGGGGUGCAAGAGCUCGACCGCGUCUACCUGGCCUACCUGAAGAACAAGAACCGUGCUGAGGGCCAACGCUCAUACAACCUCUACCUGCGGCACCUGGGUGACAUCUACAAGUCCUGCGCCGAGACUAACGACCCCAACUGCGUGGCGUCCUACAUCAGCCGGCCAGUCGGCAAAGCUGAGGCCCCCCGGAGCCCCUCUGUGAAGGCCUGUGACCCGUACAGGGACCCCUACUGUGGUGCCUCCCAGCCCAGAGUGCCGGCGCCUGUCUGGAUCCCGCCCAAGGUCGUGGCGCCCAGCUUCUACCACGCACCGGCGUUGUCACCACUGCUGUCCACCGAGCAGCAGGCGGAGCUCCUGCGCAUUUGCGACUCCAAGGAUGUCGAGUGCCUACAGUAUCACCUGCGGGCCGCCUAUGGUUACCAGGCGGCCCUGGGCCCUGCCCCUUCCUACGCGUACCUGGGCUGUGACCCCAAGAAGGACCCUGGGUGCGGGGCGAGACCCCUCUCGAAGGCGCCUUCUGGGCUAUACCAGCGCUACACGGCAUGCGACCCACGUUACGACCCGUACUGCCUGAACCCUGCCGCCCAGAGCAUGCAGGCCCCACCCUGCAACCCGCUCCAUGACGACAACUGCAACCCGCUGACGGGAGCGCGGCUCGCCGGGCCUGAGCGCCACGCAAUGGACGACCCGGCUGCCUGUGACCCACGCUACGACCCGUACUGCCAGCAGGGCCACCCUGCACCAGCAGACGAGGACCCCCGGCACCGCCUGGGGCCCCGGGGCAAGACCAAGGAGGGCUAUGAUUGCUACGUAUUCUACGAUGAAAACUGCGUGCCCCUGGACCCGGCGAGCGACGCCCAGAACAGCGCUGCCAGCAGGUUGCCCGAAACUGCAGUCCGGCCAGCCCAAGGCAGUGUUGCCACCUGCCAUCCCUUAGAUCCCAGCUGCAGGGGCCACCCUCCCCCCCAGCAGUCAGAUUCCGGAUCCUUUGAGCCACACCUGAACCCCGACGGCAGCCGCAACAGCGGCAUUGUCGAGCCCGACCCCGACUGUGACCCCGAAUAUGACCGUAACUGCCGCUUACGGCGCGCCGAGGAACCCGUGCCGGGGGCCAGUGCUGCAAGGGAGCGGAAGUGGCAGGGGGGCUGGGCGCCACAAGAGGAGCGAGAUGUGCCCAUGCAGCACAAGGAGCCCCACUAUCAGGGGGAGGCCAUGCAGGACCGACUCAGCUACGCCACACAGCCUGAUGGCCCGGCUUUCGACCCGCAGAUGUACGAGCCCUACCAGAGCGGCCAGGAGGACCCAUAUGCCAGCUACAACCCCCAAGAGCACACGGGCACACAGCUGGAGGACAUCAUGGGAGAGUACAGCAGGUAUGAUGAGGCCCAAGACCACCGGGUCUACAGCGGAGAAUACCGGAAAAAGUAG